AUGGACGACGAAUUCAUUUCCUUCGGAUCUGCUGAAGACAACGUAGAGGAAGAGGAGGUAGAGGAGCAAGAGAACGAAGAGACCGAGAGCGGAGCUGAUUACAACAUAGAAGAUAUUCUCAAGAAGGCGGCCAUUACCGUCAAGCGGCAACUGGACAAGCUCGAAUUGGAAUCUGGCAAAAUCUCAUUUGGGACGGACGGAAAGGCUCUCACGCCGGAUGCCGCUGCAACAAAGCCUGCCAAGCACAAGGGCAAGGACCUGCAUCUGGAGAGCGGGUACGAGAAGACGCGCCUUUAUUUGAAGGAAGUGAGGGAAGACAAGAACAAGACCGUAGGCAUGCCGUCGGCGGUAGACCUGAAGUCCAGCAGCAACCUGCGACGAGAAGUCAAGAAGCCACGCAAGGGCGUCAAGCACGCGUGGGGCUUCAUGAGGACCCCUAGGCUGACCGCGGCCAGGAAGCUCGAGUACAAGGUGAUCCUGCUGCGCUCGCAGCUCGAUCCCACGCGCCGCUACAAGCGAAUGCCCGAGAAGAUCCCCAAGGUCUUCCAGAUUGGGCGAGUCGUGUCGGGUGCCGGCGAGUUCUACUCGGGCCGCAUGACGCGCAAGGAGACCAAGAAGUCGCUGGUGCGCACGCGUGCCAAGCGCAAGUACGCCGAGGUGGAGAAGGACAGGAACUCGGGCCGACGCGACUUUGUCAAGAAGCGAAAGGAGGACCGGAUGCCCAAGUGGAAGAAGAACAUGUAA